AUGUCAACCGCGACGAUCGAGACCUCGUUGAGCUUCGGCUCGUACGACUGGAUCUGUACCCAGGCCGCCUUGGUCGUUUGUCCACUCGUGGGUAGUUCGACCUCGGGGGGCUAUGGCAUCUCCCCGACGUGCUAUGCGCGCAAUGUCGAGAUCGGCACCACGCUCAUAUUCCAACCGGGUACGCGACCACUGCGCGUUCACUCGCAACGAGCGCAGAGUGGCGGCUGAUGCUGAUCGACUGACGUAAACUGUGGCCCCUUCCUCAGCCGCGAGCUUCCUGCACAUCACCGCGCUCGGCAUGGUCGCCGUCAUGAUCCUCCACAUCCGAGCCAAAUACACCGCCGUAGGCAGGAAGGAGAUUGUCACCUUCUUCUACCUCUACUUUGUCGUCGAACUCUUGUCCAUCUUUCUCGACUCGGGCAUCAUCCCUUCUUCGUCCGUCGUCUACCCCGUCAGUUGGGCCUUUCUCCCUUGACGCGUCGCACGCUCUAGAGCCCACCCACGCGUUCGGCAUCAAGCAGUCUGGUCUCGCUGACACUUUCCCUCUUGCUCUGACAGUGGUUCGCGGCCAUUCAUCUCGGCUUGAUUUGCGCCACAUUCUGGUCCCUGCUCUGGAAUGGCUUUGUCGGGUUCCAGCUGUGGGAGGACGGCACACCGCUUUCGCUCUGGGUUGGUCUGGCUCUCGAAGAACGCACAUUCCGAGCUGGUGCAGAGAUUUCUGACCGUACCCCCACAUUAUCGUACAGUCACUCCGUUUGUCCUGCCUAGGCAUCUUCCUCGUCUCGGGCUUUAUCGCGAUCGCGACCUUCAAAGGACUCGCGUCCUUCUCUCGCUCGAAACCGACCGCGCUCUGGAUCGUCGAGUUCAUCUUCAACCUCGCGUGCCUCGUCAUCUACAUCGUCCUACAACUCAUCCUCGUCAUCCGCACCCUCGACGAUCGCUGGCCGAUCGGCGACAUCCUCUUCGGCACGGCCUUCUUCGUCAUCGGCCAAGCGCUGCUUUACGGUUUCUCCGUCACGAUCUGCGAUGCCGUAUCGCACUACAUCGAUGGGCUCUUCUUCUCGACGUUGUGCACCUUGUUCGCGGUGAUGAUGGUGUACAAAUACUGGGAUUCGAUCACCAAGGAGGACCUCGAGUUCUCCGUUGGGUCCAAGCAGGCCGUGUGGGAAGUCAAGGAAAGCCUGUUGAGGGGUGAUAACGACGAGGACGUGUUGGCUCAUACACCGGGUGGGUAUGGCGCCUAUGGAGCUCAGGGGCAUUCUACGUUCAACACUCAGGGCUGUAAGUACCUCGUAAUAUUUGUGCAAUUGAUCAAAUGA